AGAAGUUGGUUAGCCCUCCAGCCUCAGCCGCGGCUUCCAGCCCUAGUUCUUCUCCAUCUCCUCAGCCCGUUUCAGAGCUUGACAUGUCCUCAGAGCCACACCAGCUCACUGCCAAGGGAGCUGGUUUUCCGUCUGUCUCAGUCAGUAAGAGCCCCAUGGUGGAGCAGGCUGUCCAGACUGGUUCUCUCGAUAACCUGAACACCAAAAAGCUGGUACCUGGCAAGGGCUCCGUGGGGAUGCAGCUCAACGGGCGCCCGGCCCCGCCCAGCAGCAAGGCCGCCAGCGAUGUAGUGCAGCCGGCCGCCGUGCAAACUCAAGGGCAGGUGAAUGACGAGAACAGAAGACCGCAGAGGCGGCGCUCAGGGAACAGACGGACCAGGAAUCGCUCCAGAGGGCAAAGCCGCCCAGCUAACAUCAAGGAGAACACAAUCAAGUUUGAAGGCGACUUUGACUUUGAGAGCGCUAAUGCCCAGUUCAACCGAGAGGAGCUGGACAAAGAAUUUAAGAAGAAACUGAAUUUUAAAGAUGACAAAGCCGAGAAAGGGGACGAGAAGGACCUAGCGGUGGUGACCCCGAGUGAUGAGGCGCCUGCCGAGGAGGACCACCUGGGGCCCAACUGCUACUACGACAAGUCCAAGUCCUUCUUUGACAACAUCUCCUCUGAACUGAAGACCAGUUCCAGGCGGACCACGUGGGCCGAGGAGAGGAAGCUCAACACGGAGACCUUCGGGGUGUCGGGGAGGUUUCUUCGUGGCCGGAGUUUCCGGGGAGGAUUUCGAGGGGGCAGGGGCAACGGUACAACCCGUCGCAACCCCACUUCCCACAGAGCUGGGACGGGCAGGGUGUAAGGAUGCGGCUGCGGGCGCUUGCUGGAGCAGCACGGACAGCGGGCUGUGUCGAUGAGGACGUCGGAAAACGCUGCGCUUACUGGGGGAGACGUGGGUCACUUUGUUCACUGAGUUUGGAAGAUUUCCACGCUACUACUUGUUUUGGACUGAACUGAACUUGGACGUGGUCGAGUCAGAACCACUUGUUUGGGGGAGUGUUGCCGGGUAACCUGUUGGAGGGACCUUGGCCUGUCUCUCGUUAGUUGUGCACAGCCUAAUUCUAAGAUUUUGUUGUUUUGCAGAAAGGUUUCUAGAGUGAAAGCUUGAUCCUCACUUGGUGAUUGUUUGGUCAGCUUUGACUUUUAAAGUGGAACCAAAUCUCAUUUAGCAAAUGCGGCAGCCAGGCGCAGCUCUGCAACUCAGCUGGCUGCUGGUGCUGCCGGCCCAGCACCCCCACUGCCGCAGGCGGGGUCCCAGGAGCCAGGUGUGGCCAGCACGGGGGCGUGCAGGGGUGGGUGGGGAAGUGGGGUGUCCCACAGAUCAUGUUGUAUUAAGCAAACACACAACCCUAACAUGCAGAGUAGCGAUGUCAAGGUAGGGGCUGGUGGGGUGGGGGUGCAGGAGGGCCCUGGACGUGCGCUGUCACUUGGAGCCUGGCUUCCUCAGGACCUGGAGUCGGGAGUGGAAGCCCAGGACAGGCCCCUCUCUGGCAUCCCUGGCCCUCCUGCCCAGUCCCUGCCAGGCCCUGA